UAGAAAAUUCUUUUACUAGUGACAACAGGGUCGUUCAAAUAUGCGAAUACGCAGUUGUACCCGGUUCAUUUAAUAGGCUAUUUUGAUUAAUAUCAUAUACAGUGAAAUAAAUGUCCACUUUUUGUACAUUUCAACCGAUAAUAUUAAAACAUUUAAGAUUUCCAAAUUCAAGUAACAUUUUACAAUCGAUUAGAAAUACCGAACUGCUUACUGCUACUUUGACACCCUUUAAGCAUGGAGACACAUGUAUACAUGUGUCAAUAUGUGCUUCUAAAUAGCUACUCUGCUACGAAAUAUGUACAAACGUCAGUGCAAUCACCAAAAUCAAUCUAAUAAACAAACAAAAACACCGGCUUAAAUUAGCUAUUUAAGGCAUAUUUUAAGGUGGACUUUGAAUGAACACAUUGUAAAUGCAAUCAUUCAUACGAACGGUGCUUUCCCGGCGAUAUACAUCAGCUAUUUUUACAUCUCGUAAAUUGUUUGCGACCUUCGUCUUUGCAGUGAAUAUUUUAAACGCAAGAGCAACUAUACAAUCAUAUAAAACUGGUGGUAGCACCUUAACUACCAGUUGCAAAGCCAUGAGUGAUCCUACUUUUGAAGACUCAUACACUGCAGGUAGCAGUUCAGUGGCAUUUGUAACAACACCAGAUGACAAGUUGGCCAAAAAAUUAGCACAGGGUUUAGUGGAAAAAAAAUUGGCCGCUUGUGUCAACAUAAUUCCACAUAUACAGUCUAUUUACAUGUGGGAGGGAAAAGUUAAUGAGGACAACGAAUAUUUAAUGAUGAUCAAGACGAGGACGAGCCGUAUGGACGAAGUUAUCAAGUUUGUACGUGAAAACCAUUCUUACAGUGUAGCAGAGGUUAUAACCUUGCCUAUUGAAAAAGGCAAUGCACCGUAUUUAAGUUGGAUUGCGCAAACUGUGCCAGAUAAGAAGUGAAUAACAACAAAUGUAAAGACUUAAAAGGUGAACAUAAUUCUCUGAAGCACAUUGUGAAAUGUAUACAUCUUAUAAAUAUAAAAAUAAAUUGAAAUAUUUUAAAU